AUGGCGCAACCGGCACAGCCGAGCGGGCAUGCUCACGAGGACGCAUGGGAUGUUGACUGGCUCCGUGUUGACUCGAUUCACGAAUUGUACUAUGAGCAGUAUGGCAAUAAAGACGGCAAGCCAGCGAUCUAUCUUCACGGAGGGCCAGGAGGCCACAUUUCAAAGGGAAAUACAGCAUUCUUCGACCCAGGCCAAUACCGCGUUGUCUUGUUGGACCAGCGGGGAUGUGGACAGUCACGACCCAAUGCUGAAAUCCGCGAGAACACAACGUGGCAUUUGGUGGAAGACAUCGAGAAGCUCCGGAAACACCUCCAAAUCGAGAAGUGGCACUUGGUGUUCGGCGGAUCGUGGGGCUCAACCCUUGCACUUGCCUAUGCCCAGACGCACCCUGGGUCUGUCGGUUCACUCGUUCUCAGAGGCAUCUUUGCAGUCCGCCAGCUCGAACUCAACUGGACUCUCAUCAAGGGCGCCAACAUAAUGUGGCCCGAUGCGUUUGAGGAAUUCAUCAGCUUCCUCCCCGAAGAAGAGAGGGGAAAUCAUGUUGAAGCCUACCUAAAGCGAUUGUUGUCGGAAGACGACAAAAUCAGCCUUCCGGCGGCAAGAGCUUGGAACAAAUGGGAACUGUCUAUCGGUACUCUCUAUCCCAGCAGUGAUGCACUGAAGCAGCUGGACGAUGAGUCAUACCUGCUUGCCCAUGCUAGGACAGAGGCUCAUUACUUCACAAACAACGCGUGGUUAGAAGAAGGUCAACUUCUAAAGAAAGAGAGCGUCGACAAGAUUCGCCAUAUUCCUACGACCUUGGUACAAGGCCGAUACGAUGUGGUUUGUCCGCCUAUAACGGCUUGGGAACUGCACAAGGUGUUCCCAGAAUCCAAGCUUCAUUGGAUCGAUGAUGCUGGGCAUAGUGCGCUGGUCAGUCAUUAA